CCACACGGGGGCGCUACGACAAUUAAGAGGGGGAAGCCGUUUUGUUUUGGUUCUCUCCUAGCUAAGGUUAUCUCGGUGCUUGUCGCUCAGUUGUCUCCGUUUCUACGGCGAUAUUUGUACUGACGGCUUACGGAAAUGAAGAAGUUUUUCGAUGACAUUAAGAGAGACCUUAAAUUUAAAUCCGUUGGACCUGGGAAAAAGCUAACAGAAGACACCAGUACCAAACCUGAAGUGGCGCAGAGCAGCUCCACUGCCAAGCCUAACCGCCAUGCCCCCAGUGACGGAGCCCAGAGGGCAGGGGCUGCAGCUCUGGCCAGGAUUGAACAGCAGCAGCGUCCGAAGGUCCACACUUCUCAGGAUGCUAUCAGGAACCAGGUUAAAAGAGAACUGGAGGCAGAGGCGGCUGCACUGGCUGAUAAAAAUAAAGCAGCUACAGCAGAUGGAUCCAAAGUGCCAGUGAAAGAUCCUGCCUGUCUCUCCGUGUCAGGUGUGUAUUUCACCUGUCCACUAACGGGAGCCACUUUAACUAAGAGUGAGAGGGAAGUACACAUUAAAGAGGCCAUUUUAAUGCGUUUCGAGGAGGAUGCGGUUGAGGCCUCUGUUAUGAUGAUCCACACAUUUAACAAGGACAGAGAGAAAGUGAAGGCUGCUGUGGACAUCAUAAGCAAGUAUGUGGAAAAUAUAUGUAAGAAUCCCACAGAGGAGAAAUACAGGAAGGUUAAACUUAGCAACAAGGUGUUCCAGGAGAAAGUACAUUCUGUUGAGGGCAGUAGAGAGUUUCUGCAGGCCCUGGGUUUCACAAGCGUAAUGCUUCCUGUAGAGGGUCAAGAGGAGGAAGAGGAGUUCCUGAUGUUACCAGAGCAGAGUCCUGAUGCCCUGGAGUUGAUGAAGGAGAGGAGGGAUCGUCUACAGAGAGGAGAGCCAGUCAGAGCUCAGCUGGACAGACAGCCUCAAGCUUUCAGACCCUCACCCAAUGCCCAGCGCUUUGAGCUGCCACCAGAGUUCUACAACCUGACAUCAGAGGAGCUCAAGAGGGAGCAACAGCAGAGGAGCGAUUUGGUUGAGAAGAGCGCCAUGCUGCGCACUAAAGUCAUGAGGGAGAAAGAGGAGCAGAGGGAGAGAAGGAAGUACAACUACACCCUGCUCAGGAUCAGGCUGCCUGAUGGAAACCUGCUACAAGGGACCUUUUAUGCGUGGGACCGGCUGCCGGCACUGUUUGGAUUUGUACGGGAGUCUUUGGUGGAUGGCUGGCAGCCCUUUGAACUCAUCGCUCCUGGAGGUCAAAAACUACAGGACUCUGAUGAUGUCGCUCUUGCAGAAUGUAACUUGGUCCCUGCAGCUCUGCUCACCUUUGCCUGGGAUGCAGCUGUGCAGGCAGAUAUUGCAGCUGCAGGUGGAAAGAGCCCCACACUCCUGAAACCAGAGCUGCUGGAAACCAUACAGACCCUGAGCUGAGCAUACCUACUCUGUCCCUGAACUCUGCCUGCUACCUCCCUCUCUGGCACUACAGGGGUAAAAUUGCCCUUCCAAGUAACAAGUGAUGUGUAUUUUUACAAAUGCUUAUUUAAGUCAAUAGCAGUGAUAGAACAGGGGCAACGUCACCUUAAUGUGCUUGUUUUGCUAUGAGGAUAAAGUCACCCCACAGUCCGGUCUCAACAGCACAUUCUGCUGAAAGAAGCCUACUAACAGAUUUCAGAAGAAAGCAAGAGGUAUCAGUGUUGUUGUUUUUUUUAUGCAUCCUGAAUGUGGCUGUGGACAGACAGUAGUCAUAUGUGCUCUACCCUGCCAUCAGCCAGUAUACAUCAUGUGGCAUGUUGAGAGACCUUAUUUUAAAUGUCACCACUUCCUCCUGUUUUUUUUUUUUUUAAGUCAACAGUCCAUCUUGCUUGUGCAACUGUUGAACUAAUAAAAUGUUCGCAACC